AUGCCAGUAGGCAUUCAAUGUGAUGCUUGCUUGCGAUAUAUCUGUCCAAGCACGGCUAGGGCAGAGAUUUGUGUCUGUUUUGUUGAUCUGACUCUUCCCUCGAAAGCCUUUGAGAAGCUGUUGGAGAACCAAGGUUUCUCUGUCAAAGUCUCCUACUAUACAUCAAAUGCGAAUUCAAGAGUUCGCCCAUCUAAUGAAUUGAAGCACAUUGGUGUUCUUGGAUCUGCAGUAUUCUUGUCGGCUCAAGCCGAGGCAACAAGUUGCCUUGCAUUCAUCGAUGAUAUCGAUCCGACGUCCGUCAUCCUCUCGGGUCUUGACGCAGCUCAUGUUGUGCCGUCAGACAGAAAAUUUAUAAACAUUCUCAUACAGAUCGAAUCGAAGAAAUCAAAAGUGGCUCCGACCGUGGUUUCAAAGAUAGAGACAACUCUCAGCAGGGGAACGCUAGAGAUCCCUCGAAUGAUCUCAGGACUUUGGCAGCUCGCAGGCGGCCAUGACACAGCUGUCGACUUUGACGUAGCAGCAGCAGUAAUGGACGCCUUGGCGCAUAGUGGACUGGGUGCUUUUGAUAUGGCAGAUCACUAUGGGGUUGCAGCUCAGUCUACUACGAUGUCCUGUUCGCAUCUCUGGAGAAACUCCCAGAGGGAGAUCACUUCGUUCACCAAAUGGUGUCCUAUAGAGAACGGCAUCAAGACCUUCAGACAGGCGUCGGAUGCCGUUGAUUUGGCAUUAUCGAGGUCGUCUUCGAUCAUCUCUACCGUACAGGAGAGUUCACUGGAUAUUCCGGGUGAUUGUGGGGAUGAGGAUCUGGGACACUGUCGUGCGCUUCGUACUGGGAAUACGAUUCGGAUAUCAGGCACGACAGCAAAUUCGAGCGUUUCCACAAUACCUGUGGUUGGAGGAUCGUUCGCUCGGAGUCAGACGGUGGCAAUCAUGGAUAUCAUCGAGAAAGCUCUGCAUAAUGUGGGUGCAUCUCUCUCGGGUAUAGUGCAGACUCGGAUCAUGAUAUGGAAUGAGCACGACUGUGAGCAAGUGAGUCUAGCGCAUGGAUGGGCGAUGAAGUGUGCUGGCAUUUGGCUUGCAAAUACUUUGGUCGUUGCCGGCUUGAUCGGGAAAAUUUUCCCUGGUAGAGAUAGAGGCGGAAGCAGAGACAGCUUCUUCAAAGCAGCGGAAUCUGAGUUUUAG